GAGGAAUGAAUUAUCUACAUCAGCUUAAGCCUCAUUCUAUUAUCCAUAGGGAUUUGACUCCUAGAAAUGUAUUGCAGGAUGAAGCAGGGCAUCUUAAAGUGACAGACUUUGGACUCAGUAAAAUUGCACAACAGAAGGAUUCUUAUGGUUACAAAAUGACUGGAGGGACUGGAUCAUGUACAGAGUAUUACUAAGCUAAUCUGUAUUUUCCUUUUCCUCCGUCAGUCGACUCCUGAAACAUAAUUAUAUCCAUGUUUAUUUAGAUCGAUAUAUGGCUCCAGAAGUUUAUCGUCGAGAAUCAUAUGGGAAGAGUGUUGAUGUUUUUUCAUUUGCUCUAAUCGUCCAUGAGAUGUUCCUAGGAGGACCAUCAAAUAGGGAGGAAGCUGCAGAGAAAGUGGCAGAUAAGACAGCAUACGAAGAUUAUCGGCCACAUCUCGCGUCAUACAUCUUUCCUGAGCAAAUCAAGACGUUGCUUCGUGAAUGCUGGCACAAGAACCCUGAUCGUAGACCCUCGUUUCAAGAAAUAAUUGAUCGUCUUGAGAAAAUCCAUGCGACUUUGCAAGAAAAGAUAGUCUUGGGAACGUGCUGUAGCUGUAUGAUAUUAUAAGUUGAAUCAUCUGAAGCUGAUCUGAUAUUAUCACAUAUUGCAUUUCAUUUCUCUGGUUACAAAGGAGCUUCUGCAUAGCUCUUUCAGAUUUGAAAAUACAUAAAUAAAGUGAG